CCAGACGUCUGGAGUGUGGCAUGAAGUACAAUCGAUUGUUUCAGACUGAUGAUGGAUGCCAGUCUUGAACCUAAGACUCUGCGAGACAUUGCGCGUGCAGGCGUGUGGUUCCCCAGAGGCCACGUGGUCAGUGCAGAGACUCGGACGCGAAGAAAGCCUCGCUGCACCGUGACAGCAGGGCGGUAAAACACAAAUGGGUUAAGAUAUAUUGAAUAUGUCGGUACGCAUUAAAAACAGGUAGAGCCAGGUGAAACGGUUAUUAACAAAGGAGGCGUGUUCGUCACCUAAUUUGACCGCUCCUCUCUUGUCAGACUGCACUUCCGUGUUUACACACCCACCCACCAAAAAAAAAAAAAACAGGACUCUAGCGGCCGUUGGCCGAAUGUUUACCGAGCAGACAUAGAGCGGUGGGGAGGAAAGUGACAGUCGCACACUGGAGGCUUGGUGUAUGGUGAAACACAGGUGAUUUCGGCUUCCACGGUUGCAUUUUACAGCGGUAUGUUCACUCGAAGGGGGCAUGGAGACGUCAAGAAAUCUACACAGAAAGUUCUGGACCCAAAGAAGGAUGUACUGACCCGGCUCAAACACCUCCGGUCGCUGUUAGAUAUCAUUGACAAGAGCGAAUUGAAGGCGUUCUUUGAAAGCAACUGUUCUCAGAUUUAUUUUAUCUUCUACGAAAAUUUCAUCACCCUGGAAAGCAACUUAAAACUAAAAGGGAACAAAUCUCAAAGGGAGGAGCUGGACUCUAUCCUCUUUAUUUUUGAAAAAAUUCUUCAACAUCUACCUGAAAAAAUCUACAACCGAUGGCAGUUUCACAGUAUAGGUUCCAUAUUGAAAAAACUUUUGCACACUGGAAAUUCAUUCAAGAUCCGAUGUGAAGGCAUCCGUCUCUUCCUGCUGUGGCUGCAGGCCCUGAGGGAGAACUGUGCCGAGGAGCAGUUCCUUAUCUUUGCCUGUCUGGUGCCAGGAUUCCCUGCUGUGCCCUCCUCCAGAGGGCCCUGCACCCUCGACACCAUCAUUUACAACCCCUUCUCCAACCCCGCAGAUGCAGCCAAGGUGGUGCCUGAGGAGAUUACCCCGCUGGUUUCAGCAGUAGUCGGAGAAAAGAUUACAGAUGAUCCGACCUGUUACAUCCUCGAAACACUGCUCAAGUACAUGGUCAUCCAGGCAUCCAGUUUAGAAUGGCGCAACAAAGAGAACCAGGACACAGGCUUUAGGUUUCUCUUCAGCCUGUUCAAGAAGUACUACCUUCCACACCUCUUCCCCUCCUUCACCAAGCUUACAAAUCUCUACAAGCCCUUAUUAGACCUCCCCCACCACAGACCAAAACCCUUGUAUGUGGCAGUAACGCGAAACAAUGAGAGCACCUUCUGCACCAGGGACCAGUACCUGGCGCCCCGUGUGGCCUUCAUCACCUGGCUGGUCACCUUCUUCCUGGAGAAGAAGUAUGUCAGCAGCGCUGCUUCGGCGCAGGGCGCCAAGAACGGCACAGAGGUCAUUCCCAAACUCAUCCAGACUGUCACUGCAGGCAGUAGCAGCCAGGAGAAGGAUAAGACAUCAGAUGGGGAUACGACCGGGCCAGCGGGGGAGCCGGAGAAGAGCCACUCCAACAGCAGCACGCUGUCAGACCGACGGCACAGCGAUUCCAGUUUGUGUAGCAUUGAGGAGGAGCACCGCUACGUCUAUGACAUGGUGCAAGCCAUCCUGCUGUCCACCAGAGACAAUGUGAAUUUUGUCAACGAGGUCUUCCACCAGGCCUUCCUGCUGCCGUCUUGCGAGGCAUCAGCCACCAGGAAGGUGAUCCAAGUGUACAGGAAGUGGAUCCUGUUGGAGAAGCCCGGCUUCAUGACGGAGCCUGAAAAAUCCACCCAGGAAGAUGAUGUUGACCGCGCAGAACCGACACUCAGCACAGAGGUCAACACCAUGCAGAUGGCGGAAACUCCCGGCCACAAGCGUUCGUCCAGCUGGGGGAGGACUUACUCCUUCAGCAGCGCCAUCAGUCGGGGGUUUCUCACCGAGGGGCAGAACAGGGAUGUCAAGGCUGGUAUCCAGCCCACACUACAGGUGUUCCUGACCAACUCGUCCAACGUAUUCCUGCUGGAGCCCUGCCAAGAUGUAGCUAAACUCCUAGAUAACCAGGUGGAGGUGUGCAAGGGCGUUCUCAGCAUCUACAGGCACAUGAUCAUGGAGCACACCAUGAACACACAGACCUGGGAGCAGAUGCUUCAGGUGCUGCUGAGGAUCACGGAGGCUGUGAUGAAGAGACCACAGGAAAACCAAAGAAAAGACAGCUUCGCUGAAAGCUUAGCGGCUAUACUUUUUAGGACCAUCAUCGUGGCGUGGGUGCGAGCCAACCUGUGCGUGUUUAUCUCCCGGGAGUUAUGGGACGAGCUGCUGGCAGUGCUGUCCUCUCUUACCUGCUGGGAGGAGCUGGUGACAGAGUGGGCCAGCAUCAUGGACUCGCUGACGGCUGUGCUGGCACGCUCCGUUUACGGCCUGGACAUGGCCAACCUGCCUCUGGACAAACUCAGCGAACAGAAGGAGAAGAAGCAGAGAGGACGUGGUGUGAUGCAGGACUCUCAGAAGGCAGCGGCGGUGGCGCGUUCCUUCUCACUAAGUUGGAGGAACCAAGGGGAGACGGGCGGGCAAGGAGCUCAGGAGCCCAUGAGGAUUCGCUCCGCCACUACGUCAGGAGCUCCUGGUGUAGAGAAAGCCCGUAACAACGUCCGCCAGAAGGCCUCCGCAAAGCGAAGCCAGUCCAUCAGCAACUGUGUUCAUCUGUACGAGGCUUUGCCCAACGCUAAAAGCGUCCCUAUGCUGCUCCACACUGUGAGCUCUUUCUUGCCUGGUAUCUCUUCUGGUAACUCUGCUUGCUCUCACAGACUCUCAGAUGUGGAGGAGUGUCAGCUGUCAGAAUGUGGGGUAGAGGAGGAGCUGGGAGGCGGGGAUAGCCCCCUGCCACGUAGCAGCAGCACCUCCGACAUCACCCAACAGCUGUCGGACACUUUACCGGCCCAGAAGAGAGAGCCCUCCCCCACAUCCUGUGGCUCUGAUAGCAGGACCUCUGAGGGGAGGAGAGAGAGCAGCGAGCCACCGGUGAUUCACAUCCGGCGGAGCAGCAGUCCCACUGAAACCGAGUGCAGCGCUGAGGGACACACAAACGACCCAAGACCCAAGCUCAGAGAGAAAAGUGAGAGCAUAAGCAGCGAGACAUCCAACGGCUACCUCAAUGAAGCCGAGGUCACCUGGCCGGCCUUCGAUGAGGAGGCGGACACUCAGUCGACACAGUCAGCCCACAUGGACGUGACUACCGACCCCCAGAGCCACGGCAGCCUGCUGCUCAGCCACAACGAGGCUCUAGCAGGUCCCGAGUGUGCCUUCCCUCCCCACUCUGCACCCCCGUCUUACCACUACGGCCAGAACCCGCCCACCUCACCAGCCCUGCUGGUGCACACAGAGUUCUCGCAGGGCGACCACCCGGACGACAGCAUGCAUCCGUCUGUGUUACACAUGCCACACCACUUGGACAGCAGUGAGUGUCUGGCUGAUGACAUUAGCAUAAUUGCGGGCGGGACCUUGACCGGUUGGCAUGCUGACUCUGCCUUCGUCCUGUGGAGGAGGAUUUUGGGUAUCAUGGGAGACGUCAACAGUAUCAGCUGUCCAAAAAUCCAUGCCAAGGUCUUCUCCUGCCUUUAUGAGCUCUGGCACAAGCUGGCCAAGAUCCGGGACAAUCUCGGGAUCAGUGUGGACAACCUGUCUUCUCCUCCACAGCCAGCCUUCAUCCCUCCUCUUCGAAUGCUGGCCUCCUGGCUCUUUAGGGCCACCAUGCUGCCCGCAGAGUACAAGGCUGGCAGGCUGCAGGCCUACAAGCUGAUCUGUGAGAUGAUGACCAGGCACCAGGACGUGUUCCCCAACAGUGACUUCCUGGUGCACCUCUACCACGUCAUGCACAAGGGCAUCACCAGCGGCGACCAGGAUGUUUUGAGCACCAUCAUCCGUUCCUGCUCCCCCCGUUUCUUCUUCCUCGGCCUGCCGGGCUUCACCAUGCUGGUUGGAGACUUCAUCACUGCUGCUGCCUGCGUCCUCGGCUCCGACUCCUCGGAGGCUCCCAGGAUGGAGGCUCAGACAAUCCUGGGCUCCCUCGUGUGUUUCCCCAACCUUUACCGGCAGAUUCCUGUGCUGCAGGGUGUGCCUGGCUCUGAUGACAUCACCAUUAGCGAUGAGAAUAUCAAGGAUUAUCUGGUCAACAUCUUGCUAGAGACGGCACGAAAGGAACACUGUGAAGGGGCCAGAUGCAUUGCUGUGUGCAGUCUGGGUUUGUGGGUGUGUGAGGAGCUGAUGCAGAACAACAUCCACGAGCAGGUCAAAGACGCCAUCAAUGUUCUGGCAGUAACACUAAAGUUUGGGAAUAAAGCAGUGGCUCAAGUGGCCUGUGACGUGUUUCAGCUGCUCAUCUCUCACUGGGAACAUCUCCAGAGGCUGGAGCCCACUCUCCCGAAGAAAAUCAUUGAGAUCUUUGUGGCCACAAUAGCCUUUUUGUUGCCGAGCGCAGAGCACUCAACGGUGGAAGCAGACAAAAAGUUGAUGGUGUCCCUGCUGCUCUGCCUGUUGGACUGGUGCAUGGCCGUUCCCCUGAGUCUGCUGCUGGAACCCAUCACCAUGCCUUCGCCGGAAGACCGCACCUCCCACAAGGCCCCGCUGCUGGACUACAUCUACAGGGUGCUGCACUGCUGUGUGUCCGGCUCCAACCUGCACACCCAACAGAGCCACUACCUCCUCAGCCUGUCAGACUUGUCCACUGACUAUGACCUCAUGCUGGGUCAGGUUAAGAGCUUCGACCCACCGCCCUCCCAGAACAGCACCUCCGACUUUGGCAACCUGCUCACCGUAGCAGAGGAAAAGCGACGUCGGAACAUGGAGUUGAUUCCCCUGACCGCACGGAUGGUCAUGACCCACCUGGUGAACCAUCUGGGCCACCACCCGCUGAGCGGCGGCCCCGCCCUCCUCCACAGCCUCGUGAGCGAGAACCACGACAACCCGUACGUGGAGUCGUCCGAGCUGUCCUCCGAGGUCUUCAAAAGCCCCAACCUGCAGCUGUUUGUCUUCAACGACAGCACGCUGGUGUCCUACCUGCAGAUCCCGGCGGAGACCCCCGCUGUCGGACAGCCCCCCCAACCUUCCUCUCAAGUGCGCGUCAUCGUCCGGGAUAUCUCGGGCAAAUACUCGUGGGACGGCGCGAUCCUCUAUUGCACCGCGGAGGACGACUCUGUGGAUGCGGGCGUGUUUGAUGCGGUUGAUCGCCCUCUUCCUUCCUGUGGGACCCAACCCAACUCUCCAACAAAGGGGCCGUGCCAAACCAGCUCCGCGGACUCGGCCUUCGACUGCAAUGAGGGGGAGGAAGAGGAGGAGGAGGAGGUCGAUAUUCUUGAUGUGCUUCUGAAGAACUUGGGCCACAGCAGCCCAGAAUGCCUGCCCCAGCCGCAGCUCAGGCUCAACCAGCCCGCCUCCUCGCCCCAUGGCAUGAACCUCGAGCAAGAGAGCGCCAUCCUGGAGGCCAUCCUGUGUCAGACUCAGCAGGAGGAAGAGCAAGUGAGGAGGUGGGAGGCCGAUGUCAGCUUUCGGGCCGCCUGCCAGCGGGAACCCUCCCACCAGGAACCGAAGGCGCCUUUCUACUUCUGCCGGCUGCUGCUUAACGACCUCGGCAUGAACUCUUGGGAUCGCAGGAAAAGUUUCCAUUUGUUGAAGAAAAACUCCAAACUCCUAAGGGAACUGAAGAACUUGGAUUCCAGGCAGUGCCGAGAGACGCACAAGAUUGCUGUGUUUUACAUCGGAGAGGGCCAAGAGGACAAGUGCUCCAUCUUGUCUAACAGCGCGGGCAGCCAGGCCUACGAGGACUUUGUGUCUGGACUGGGAUGGGAGGUGGACCUGGCCACACACUGUGGGUUUAUGGGUGGCCUCCAGAGGAACGGCAGCACGGGUCUGACCGCUCCGUACUAUGCUACCUCCACCGUGGAAACCAUCUUCCACGUCUCCACCCGCAUGCCGUCCGAUUCUAAUGACUGCCUCACCAAAAAGCUGCGUCACCUGGGAAAUGACGAGGUGCACAUAGUGUGGUCGGAGCACACCAGGGACUACCGACGAGGCAUCAUCCCAACUGAUUUUGGAGACGUGCUGAUUAUCAUCUACCUAAUGAAGAACCACAUGUAUUUCAUCCAGAUCAUUAAGAAACCACAGGUUCCUUUCUUCGGGCCGCUGUUCAGCGGCGCCAUCGUCACUGCAUCGCUGCUGCCGAGCUUGGUGCGGGCCACUUGUAUCAAUGCCAGCAGAGCCGUCAAGUCCCGGCUGACUCUCUACCAGAGCUUCUAUGAGGAGCGGGCGCUCUACCUGGAGGCCAUUGUUCAGAACCACAGAGAGGUCAUGACCUUUGAAGACUUUGCCUCGCAGGUCUUCUCUCCCUCCCCCGGCUAUCCAAUGAGUGGGACAGCGUGCAGGCGUUGGCCGGGGAUGGUUUGGGACAUGGAGUACCCCUGGGCCAAACUGGACUGCUCCUUCACCGGCAGCGCCGGCACCGAGUCUGGAAGCACCGCCGCCGCCGCGGCGGACGCCGUGGACCAGGUUUCUCCCACAAUGCCCCGCGCCGCAAAGAACCGGGUCUCCGGGAAGCUGCGGCGGUCAGCCAGCGCUAUCAGCAAGUCCUCCAACUGAGCUCUUCAACCCCACCGGCCCCCCACCCCUCUCAACUAGUGCAGCCUUUAAUCUUUUCUCAAAGAACCUCAAACACCCGGCCGUGACUGCAACACUUAAUUGAAGUGGCAAGCUUUGAUUUCGUUUAUACAUUUCCAUUUGUUGCUCAACCCAGAUGCGACGAAGCUAUUUGUGUUCACCCUGGUGGUCUCCGGAUGUUGUCUUUAAUUCUCAUUGUGUCGACGCACCAGACAGUGAGGGAAGGGGAGCCGGCUUCACUCGUUUCCACAUCUCAUCUCUCCCGACACUUAACGCCAUGAAGCACUGAAUGAAUCCGCUGUAAAUGGCACCAUGCUGAAACUGCACCAGAGAUUGGUAACCAUUUAUGAACGCGUCUGCCUUUUUAUAUACCUCCUCCUGCACACCCCCCCCCCCCCCCCCCCCCCGUGUCCAAAAUAACCACUUUGGUUGGUGACGGGACGCUCGGUAGCACCAGUCUGGACUUUGUUCGUGGACCGUCUCCCUACACUGAAAAGGAGGAAACACUGAUGCAGAAUGAUUCCCGCUCGCUGCACUACUACAGUACGAGCAGUGUACGAGGCUUUUUAAUUGUUUCCAGGCCAAUCAAUGACGUAUUUCCAAAAGAAAUUUGUUUUGGUUGUUUGUUGCUUGAUUUUCGUUUUUAAAUGAAUUCCGAUGGAUCGCGUCAGGAUUUGAUUUAUGCAACUGCGCUGCAAUGAGAAAAGACUGCGGUUGUAAUUGUUUUCUGAUGUCGUUAACUUGGGCUCAUGUCCGGUAAUUGGAUGAGUUCCUCCUGUCUCUUUCCUCCGCUAUCCGUUUCCCUGUCCUGUGAAGCUAAAGACAUCGACAUUCCAGCGUUCCCGACCAACGUUUUUGCACUCGCCGUCAUUGAUUUAACUAGCGUUGAAUGUUUCUCUUGUUCUUGGAUUUAAAUUGCUUUUAAAAGUGUAUUUUGUCUGUUGCUGGAUGUAUAUAGAACUAUCUGAUGAAUUAUUAUUUCUGUUUUGUUGUAUUCUGUAAUCUUGUGCUCUUCAGAGGAACAAUACCGCCAGAGCCUCAGGUGAAUCUUACCUCCAUGCACUGGUGUGUGUGUGUGUGUGUGUGUGUGUGUGUGUGUGUGUGUGUGUGUGUGUGUGUGUGUGUGUGUGUGUGUGUGUGUGUGUGUGUGUGUGUGUGUGUGUGUGUGUGUGUGUGUGUGUGUGUGUGAGAGAGAGAGAGUGUUUCUGAAAGAGCUUCUCACGGUGCCUGUGUAUUGUCUGUCAUGUAAGAUGCUGUCCGACACCACUUUUGCUCCCCAUAAUCAGAUUUUAGUUCUUCCUCUGCGUGUUCUGAGACAAACCAUGGACGCCCUGCGUCGCAUCUCGCCGUUAGCAGCGCUGACUCAAAGCUCUUUUUUUAUUUAUUUUUUUACCCUCCGUGUGUCUAAAGGCCAUUGUCUUGUGCUUCCCACUACAAAAACAACAGCAGAUGGAUUUUAAAUUGGGGGUUUUCCAUUUAGAGUUUAUUACAGGUGCUGUGCUGCUCUGUUCUCUAUAUUUGAAUGGAUCGAGUGGCACCUCCUCCUCCUCCUUCCCAUGAUCCUCUCUUGGCGUCGCCUCCUGAGGCCAAAGGAGGGGCGGCUCUUCUGGGUUUAGGUGGCAUGCCUGAGCUGAACUCUUAACAGCCCUCCUAGCAACGGCCGGGCCGACGCACUCGCUUCUCCAACCUGCCCGCUCAGGUUGUCAUGGUAGCCAGGUGUCCGCCCCCCCCCUCCCCCGCCCCAAACACACACAAACGCAAUGUACACUCACACCACCCUCUGAGGACUCCACCCAAGCUGCAACACUGUCCCCAUCUGUUGCACGAUGCCUUACUUUCCCCCCAUGCUCUCCUGUCUUUUCUCCCUCUCUCCUCACAUGUCGCCUCCUUUUGUUUGUUUAGUCCUCGAGCAGAAAAUGGGGAGGAAGGACAGAUCCAUUUUUUGAUUUGCUUUAGCUUUUUUUUAAAGAAUGUUCAGAUGUCCCGGGUCACAUCUUUUUUUUUUAAUUUUCCCCCAAAGCCACUUGAAGGAAGCGCCCAGGAUGGUGAUCUUAAGGAUUGUAGGUUAUGAUGUAUGUUAAAAGGGGUCUGUGCUCCCCCUCUGGGGGCUCAGUUUGCUGGAGAUGUUGGUCUGGACCAAGAUGAGGAUUGUGUGUCUUAAAUAAGUGGCGAUAUUGAGCUAGUGUUUAGGCCUAGUGUGUGUUUUUCUUUUCUUCUUGUUUCAGAAAUCCUUGUACAUUGUGUCAAAUUUGAGGGCUUGUGUGCCUUCCUAAUAUAAAUAUAUGAAUGCCUGUAAUAUAAUCUUUGUAUAAGAGGAAAAAAAAGCUUGAAUAUUUCUUCAUUACUUGUCAACAUAUCAAACUGUUUUUAACGACCGAAGUCCUGCUAUCUUUAUUAGAAAUGUGAAAAAUUUCAUUAAAUCAAUUUGAAAUUCUAA